AUGUUUUACUCGGAGACUCUUCUCUCCAAGACCGGGCCUCUGGCUCGCGUCUGGCUUUCCGCCAACUUGGAGCGCAAGCUAUCAAAAACACAUAUUCUACAAUCCAACAUUGAGAGCAGCGUCAACGCCAUUGUUGAUCAAGGCACGGCGCCGAUGGCCCUUCGUCUAAGUGGCCAGCUACUCCUGGGUGUGGUCAGAAUCUAUAGUCGGAAGGCAAGAUACCUCCUAGAUGAUUGCAAUGAGGCGUUGCUCAAAAUCAAGAUGGCUUUCCGUCCCGGAAACGUCGAUCUUCCGGCCAAUCUAAACAUGCCCAGCGCAGCUGCCCUUACAGUAGCGGAUAGAAUUAGUGAUCCAAUGAUGCCCGAUCUCGACCCUUCCCUACUCGACUUCCGCCCUAUGAACAUCGAUUUCGGCACCAAGAAGGACGACCCUCUGAAUUGGAACAGUCAAGUGCUUUCAGAUCCCUUGAGCAUUGAAAUCGGGCGCCAUGAACCUCCCAGGGAUGAAAGGGCCGAAUUCGAUGAAGAAGACAUGAACAUUGAUCUAGACCUCGAUCUCGGACUCGACGACGGGCCAAGUAUCGAGGUCGGACGCAAGGCACCUCCCCCCAGAAGCUUGGAAGAUGAUCUCAUAGGGGACGAGGACAAGUUUCAGCAUGACUUUGGCUACGACGAGAACACACGAACCCGGCUGAGCAGCCGAGUACCAUCUCUAAUUGAAGAUCGCGAUGAUGAAAUGCCUGACAGUGGUCGCAUGCUACUCGAUGAUGCAGAUGACUUUAUACUGCCAAUGGAUGAUGCACUUACAGGACCCUCUGUCCCUGCUGAUCCUCGUCUUCAGAGAGCAUCUCAAUCGCCAUUGUCUUCGGUUCGUUCGAGUGUUGUGCGCGAUUUUGAUGCUACCAACAUCAACGAAGAGGGAGAGGAAACCUCAAUGCACCAAGCGACCCAUAAAGCUAAGAAAAGGAAAAUCAUUCAAACAGACUCAGAAACCAUGCUCUCUUCGACUCAGAUCAAGCAGCAACAGGUAGAUAGAUCAGCGAUUCUUAAGCCAGCUUCCUACUUGUCCCGAGACCCGAUGUUGUUGAACUUGAUGAACAUGCAGAAGAACGGCGACUUUGUUUCAAAUAUUAUGGGCGAAGGUCGGGCCAAGGGAUGGGCACCCGAGCUCAGAGGCAUCUUAUCUAUCGAGGUAGUCAGAAAAUCAGGCGAGUUGAAGAGAAAGCGUGACAGUGGUGUCGCGGAUGUCGGCGAGGACGAAGCCCAAGCAGGCAUGGACGAUAUGCCGCAACUCGAGAUCCCCGAGGACGACAUGUUCGGCGCUUCCGAUGAAGGUCUUGGCCUUGGCGGCGGUGCUGCAGCACGAGAGCAAUCUGCAGCGAUUGACCUUCCAGCCGAUGACGGCUUCCUUCCUGCGCAUGAUGAUGAAGGUCCUGGCUUGGCCGGACGCGAAGACGAUGAAGAAGACGAUGAGGCUGCAAGAGAUCAAUUCGACGACACCACUGCUCCUUUGUUGCACCCAAUGGAGCAAGGAGCUGUGUCUCAGGGCACAAAGCAUGCAGUACACCUUCUCCGUGACCGUUUUGGAUCCUCCGCCGACGGCAGCCCAUCUCAGCAGAAGAAGGCCAACAUCCUGUUCCAGCAGCUGCUCCCUGAAGAUACCACCAGCAAAGUUGAUGCAACGAAGAUGUUUUUCGAAGUGCUAGUAUUGGCAACUAAAGAUGCUGUCAAGGUUGAGCAAGCUGAAGACACUCUCUCCGGACCUUUACGCAUCCGUGCGAAAAGAGGGUUGUGGGGUUCGUGGGCCGAGACAGAAGCUGGUGGGGAGAUUGCAGAGCAAGAAAUGGUCGCACCUGCCGUCGUUGCCAUCUCCUAG